UGGAGGAAAAAAAGAAGAAAAUAUUGAGGAGAGAGAGAGAAAAGUAAACGAGAAAAGACAAAGCAAAAAUUUCAAGGAGACAGCUGAAGCUCAUUUUCUCUGAUUUCAAUUCUCAAGUUCUUCGGAGCUUUCUAAACUUGGGGAAUUCGGGAUACUUUUUGGCAACUGUAUUCCUCUUUUUUGGUUGGAUGCUGCUGCUGCGGGAGAAAGGAGAUUGAAUAAGCAUGAUUUGGAUUCCAUGUUCUGGAAAUUCAAACAGGAAGGCAAAGUCCAAGAAAUUGAAGAAGUUGGAGUCUCAGAAGAGCCGCGUUGAUCCGAUCAAAGCUGCUUCAGAGAAGCUAAAGUCAAGUUCCUCCUUCAGUGAAGCCUCGAAAGGUGGAGGAUCUGAACAUAUCAAGGCACAGAUUUUUUCUUUCCGGGAGUUGGCAGCGGCUACCAGGAAUUUUAGGGCAGACUGUCUUUUGGGCGAGGGAGGUUUUGGUAGAGUUUACAAAGGACAUUUGGAAAGCAUCAAUAAGAUUGUGGCAAUCAAACAACUUGAUCGCAAUGGGUUGCAAGGGAACAGGGAGUUUCUCGUUGAAGUGUUGAUGUUAAGUCUACUUCAUCACCGAAAUCUAGUUAACCUGAUUGGUUAUUGUGCUGAUGGAGAUCAAAGGCUUCUGAUUUACGAGUAUAUGCCUCUAGGAUCUUUAGAUGACCAUUUACAUGCCAUUUCACCUGGUACGAAGGUAUUAGAUUGGAAUACAAGAAUGAAAAUAGCUGCUGGGGCAGCACGAGGAUUGGAGUAUUUGCAUGACAAAGCUAACCCUCCAGUUAUUUAUCGAGAUUUAAAAAGUUCUAACAUACUGCUUGAUGAAGAUUAUCGUCCUAAACUGUCUGAUUUUGGACUAGCUAAACUUGGGCCAGUUGGAGACAAUACACAUGUAUCUACCAGAGUUAUGGGCACUUACGGGUAUUGUGCUCCUGAAUAUGCAAUGACUGGUCAGUUGACUCUCAAAUCAGAUGUUUACAGCUUUGGUGUUGUUCUUCUAGAAAUCAUAACAGGCAGGAAAGCGAUUGAUGAUUCAAAAGCUGCAGGGGAGCAAAAUCUGGUUUCAUGGGCAAGACCAUUAUUCAAAGAUCGUCUGAGAUUUGCUCAAAUGGCAGAUCCAAUGCUCAGAGGCCAAUACCCUUCAAGGGGUUUGUAUCAGGCUCUUGCAAUUGCAGCGAUGUGCGUUCAAGAGCAGCCAAAUAUGCGCCCUGUGAUUGCCGAUGUCGUCACAGCUUUAUCUUAUCUUGCUUCCCAAAGAUACGACCCUGCUACCAACAUACCCCACAGCUCCCCUGCAUCUUCUUGUACUCCUCCAAGAACCAACCGGGACUCCGAUAGGAAGCUUAAUGGCGGUGGUGGUAGAAGGUACAAUAGAAAUCACACUAGAAGACUAUGAUGAGGCUCAUCUUUGCUCGACCGCUCGAUACACUACAAUGACGGGUUCCAGACGUGGUUCAAAAGCUUGAUUGAAUGCACUGGUUGGUGCCUGCCCAUCGAUAUUUACACGAACAUCAUCAACAAAUCAGGUGCAUUUCUAUAUGCUCCAUUUUGCAUUUGUGCAUAGAAUAUAGAUAGAGUAUAUAUAUUUACUUGGUUUAUGUAAGAAAAAUGUGAUAGGCAAAGGUGAUUGUUAUAUAAAUUCUGCCCUUUGAUAUUAGUGGGAUAUAGUUACUUUAAAAGUGGACCGAGAUUCUACAAGUUAUAGGAUUCAUUACUCUCUCUUUUUUUUUUCCUUUCUUUUUAAUUGUAGAGUUCUUUUGUGGAUUCAGGUAUGAGGGUUCUGUAAAAGUAUUAAAACUAUGAAAAAUUUGGCGUUUUGGGUUGAUGAAAUGAUUAUAGAAUUAUAUGGUUUGAUA